CCUCUGACCACCAUUCCCAUGGAUGCUGACCAGUCCCAGCCCCUCUCGUCGUCGAGUACAGCGACGACUGCUCCUCAAGUCCGCUCUCGUAUCACCGUUGUCUGCGCUGAGUGCAAGCGCCUUAAACUGAAAUGCGACAGAAGAAAUCCUUGCGGGAGCUGUACUAAACGCGACACUGUCGCUAGAUGCAUAUAUUCACCUGCUGCCGCCGAGAAAGUAGACCUACAUUCCCUAAAUAACCGACUUAUUCAGGUGGAAACGCUAUUGGCACAGUUGACCUCGGGCCAGUUCAAUUCCUCUUUUCCUACGUCAAAUUGGGCGCCGCCGCCGCCACCAUCAGCAGCAUCAAGCCUUCCGGUGCCUGCAUCUGCAUCUCUUCCUAUACUGCCUCAGCAGCCUGUGUCUACACCCUAUACAUCUUUGGCUCUUCCCUUCGAGGACUUGUCUAUCGUAUGGCUCGAUCACCUCGAACUGGGCGAUUCCCACCUUUCUCUUAAAGGCACGGCACCAUCGACAAGUAACGGAUCGAAUGGCAUCAAAGCUGAGGGCGCUUCUGGCGAGGUCACAUCUCAGCAGGACUCAUCCGACCAAAGCCUCGGCGAUCGCACACCAUUGUCUUCUAUGACCUGUAAUCUCUUUUCCUCGUCAGAAUCGUCGUUGCCCUUCCCUCAACAACCGCAAUCUAGAAUUGUGCAGCCGCUACCACACCUCAACUUAUAUUAUGCAACGCCUUCACGAAAUUUGAACGAAAUCCCCUCUCUUCCUCCAUUUACCGGUUCUUCCCAAGCAAGUCCCGAAGUCCUACCGCAUUCACCUAAUCAAAAACCUCGAGUGACAACAGGGCUCCUCGAGCUUCUUCCGCCAUCCAUCUCAUCGGCAACGGUCCCUCAUACUUUACAAUCCCUCCUCCAACUAGCCGAACAAUCCACCUGUCACACUUAUCCGUCCAUAAAUUGGAAACAUUUCCGCGCACGCGCCUCACGUAUGAUAGCGACAGCGUCUCGGUCGCCUCCCUCGGAUAAUUCCCUGAGAGAUCGCGACCGAGACAAGAACAGAAACCGAGGCGGAAAGCAGACGGUUUACUUUGGAGCGAGGGCUGAUAACUCUCUUCCUGGCACUCCGCCUUCUAACGCCCCUGCACCCGACGACCCAACUGAUGCACAACCGAUUAUCGGAGAGAGUGUGCCUUUCUUUGGAGCACUCUGUGCGGCCCUUGCACUAGGGACGCUGGAGAGCUCACGCGAACUCGAUAACCCGGAUGCCAUGCAAGUGGAUUCUGCCCGUGCAGUCUCGAACUGUUCCGAUCCUGAAUACUGGUAUAGAGUCAGUGUUCAGGCUCUAUCUGUCUACGAGGGGUCCCUGGCCCAGGUUUCGGCGCCCGCUCCUCCAGGUACCAAGGUCAAGGCCAAAUCAGAUGAUUAUGGUUUAGAUUAUUUGGUGGCCUGUUUGUUUCAAGUUAUCUUUCUGAUAAAGGGUGGCCUGGGCCCAGCACUAGUGGAUUCUGCGGGAACUGCAGCUGGACGUAGUGGUGAAGGGGGUAACAAGAGGAAGCGGGAGCGGGAGCGGGAGAAGCAGAAUGACAGGGUCAAGAAUUUCGGCGGUGUGGGAGGAAUUGUCUUUCCUCUGGUUGGUAAAAUGGUGAACAUCGCAAGGAGGAUGGGUUUAGCAAGAGACCCGCAAGAGAUUCCCGUCUCUUCAAAUGACUUGUCCGGAUCAGCAAGGAAGCUGAAGAACAAAGGGAACGAAAGUGACGGAGCUUCUUCUGCGAUCCGUGGCAUUGCCAAUCUCUUUGACGUUGAGAUGAGAAGGCGAAUCUGGUGGGAUGUUCUCUACUAUGAUGUCUUUGUAUCAGACGCGCUGGGACAUUCUCCGCUCAUCGGCGACGACUUCAACACUAAGCUUCCUGUUGCAGAUGUUGAUGAGAAGGUCUUCUCGCCCGUUUCGACUCGAAUUCCGAUGCCCAAGGAUCUGGCGCAAGGAUCAGGUUUCAGCAGGGAUGGAUUUAGAUAUUUUGACGUUAAGUGUCGCCUUGCCUUGCUCGUGCGAGCGAUCCAGCGCCGAAUAUGUGCGCCAGAUAUGGGGAGCAAUAGCCGUUUCAGUUACGGCCAUGGGUCAUCUUCCACCUCGAAGAACGGAUACGGCUAUACUAUCGACCAGGCUGCAUCAAUGGAGUCAGAGAUUCGUUCAUGGUUGAAUGACUUGACACCAUGUUACCGCCUGGAUCUUACUGAUCUCGAUCUCUCCGAUCCCGACCCAGUACUGGCCGCUCAGCGCUGCGAGGUGUCGAUUACUGCGCACCGUCUGAUCAUGAAAGUGUAUAUGCCAUUCUUGAAGAAACAUGCGAGCGUGGCCGAGACAGUCCCUGCUCCACAUCAAGCGUCGUUUGGCUCGGUGAACGCUGCCCAUAGCAUUGUGCGUGCUUGUAGUUUUCUGCAUUCGGUGUGGAAGAAGUCGUCAUUCAAUGGCAUCCGGCCAUCAUCAUUGUCCUCAGCCAUGUUUGAUUUCUAUCCAUUCGCACGUUGUCUUCUGGAUGCUGCCGUUGUCUGCGCGCACACUGCCAUCAAACAACCUAUGGACAUGCUUGCUAGUGCUACUUUGGAAGAUAUCGAUUGCGCUUUGGAGGUGUUCAGGGAUGGUCGGCUGAUGUCUCAGUUUGGAGGCGGUUGUGGGUUUGGGUCCGGUCAGGACGUCAAUGAAGGUGAGGCGAUCAAGCUCAUGGAAGAGCUGAAGGUCAAGGCCACCCAUCGAGGCUAUGGUUCAGGAUCGCCGGGUUCGUUGAAGAGGAAGCAUGAUUUUGUAGAGGAACGCAAUGAAGAAGCAGGGCAAGAUAUGGAAGUCUUCCCAGAGUAUGCGGAAGAUGAUAAUGAACCACACGCAGAGAUUUUCAAUGAUCUGCUGUCCCCUCAACCGCCGCCUGAGCCUACGCCACGAGAGCCUGAGCUUCCUCUGCCACCGUUCAGGUCACCUAACUCUAAUCCUUCUUCAAUGGAUUUGUCGAAAUCGGGAAAGGAUGAGAAGAAGAAGCACGCGAAGAGAAGCCAGCACAGUUAUCCGGCGGUCGGUAUCCGGAUUAGACCUGGGAAGGAAGGUAGUUCGCCUUUCACAAGGCGUAAGCUUGAUUCUGUGUCUGUAUCUUCGUCGAGCUCUGAUACGCCUUCGUCAGGCGUUGACAAUCACCAUCCUCCGGUUUCGUCGCCAUUAGCAUCUUCUACGCCUACCGCCGCAUCAUAUCAACCGCCUCAACACAUCCAGCCUCUUACGUCCCCUUUGCACAUGACCAUUGUUGAGUCUGAAGCAUUCCGUUCGAGGUCGGCUUCUGUAUCUCAGGAUCCCCCAUUGCCGCCGUUUACUCCUCGUCGAACCGAGCAACAGAACACGACCGUAAACUAUCCUUAUCCUAAUGUAGACGGCUCGAGACCAGACGCUCCUCGACGCUACACUUUGCCUGGAUAUCAGCAGCCUUCCCAAUCCCAGCCUCUCCAGAUUCAGUCACAAGGGUCAAGCUUUGCCCCCGGGUUAUAUGACCGUGCAGGUUCUUACGAUUCUCGCCCCAGUUAUGAUCAAAACGAUAGUCGUUUCGAGCCUGGAGAAUCGUAUGUUUCUGCACAGAGUCCGUAUCCCGCAUCAAGUCCCUUUGGGGGAGCUGUAACGACAUCCAGUGGUCCGCUUUCAGCAGCAAGUUCUCCUUAUACGACAGGUUCGACUCAUGUUCAUACGCCGACCUAUGCACCGACGCAGAGUCCUCCUAUAGUCCAGUCUCCUAUCGUUGCACCACAGCAGUAUUAUGUGCCCACUCCGUUUGAUUCGCCGACGUACCCCUCACCUUUUGCCAAUGAUGGUGUGAAUAUUGGUAUUCCUCCUUCACAAGCGCAGGAGAUGUACGAACGGCGUGAGGGCGACGUGAAGCCUAGUUUGGAGAGGCAGUCGUCCUAUGCUCAGCAGUAUCAGGGGGAACCCAUGGCGCAAUCUUGGCCGCCUCAGCAGAGUGCGGAACAGUCCAAUGCGUCGGGUCCGUAUUGGCAGGCUUCAACAGCGGGGGAGUAUAAAUUCUAUUCGAAUCAGUAAUGAAUUCUUGGCGAGGGAAUGGGUAGAGAUUAAAUGCCCAUCAUCCUUCUUUCUGUAUGCGGAUCCAUAUCUUAACCUUGUUUUGCUAAAAUAUUGUACAGUACAUCAUCGUAUACCCUUUCUUCAUUGUGGCAUGUGCAUCACCUUGUAUUGAUAGAUUCUAAGCACCAUUGUUAUGCUACUAUCUUCUUCAUUUCAUACAUCAGUUAGUGGAGUGGAGAAGAGGAGAUCUUGAAGUUGGAUAUAUUUAGUGUACAAUUAGUGUCGGUAUCGUUACGAAGUAAGGCUACAAAUGUGAAAGAAGAUAUUCAU